AUGGAACGUUAUGGAUAAUUCCCAUGAAUUCUGACCUAAAACCUGUGUGCUUGUGAUGGCACAUCACAUUCCCUUCACGAUGAAAUGGACACAGGUCUUUCUCACAGUGUGUCUGACAACGUGUGUCAACACUGACACAACUGUGACGAUCUACCCUCAGUGGUUGGCACAGGGAGGUAAUGUCCGCUAUGAAAGUGACAGGUGGGACAAGCACAAUGGUCUGGAGAAGGAAUUCUUGAUACCAAACUGUCGGAGCUUUCGGACUGACAGUGGGCGCUGGAUUCACGAAGAUUAUUUUGAACGGCUCUUCCAGGAUUGGCCAGAGGACCCAAACCGUAGCGGCUACCCAGACCCCAACUACCUGAAGAACGUUACCAAGCAACAGGAACUGUUCUCCACCUACCUUGCUAACAUCGACAGUGGUUACAAGAACGAAAUGAUCAUGAUGGCGAGAGCUCACAACUGGCCAAAUUGGAUAAAUCAGUCUGAGCAUGAGGGUCAGUUCCCGAACAACAUCGACGCAGCUGCUGAGUUUAUAUCAUUGAUGGUGCAAGGAGUGUAUGACUACGCACAAGGUCACAUCCCGCCAUAUUUCGAGGUCGUCAAUGAACCGGAUGUUAAAGAGCAGAUAUUUGAUUUCAGCACGACUGUCGCCUUCUUCCACAAAGCCGUUGCUGAGAAACUCCAUGCCAGGUUUAACAUUAAAGUGGCUGGUCCAACAAUUACAGGCUAUAACACAGUGGUGGACAGGAAUGACUUUUCUUUCUGGACAAAACUGGUGGACUUCUUGGACAUCACUUUAGACCAUUUAGACGUGUUUUCCUUUCAUUCGUACAACACACUAAAUGUAACGGGAAGAUCCCACCAAUUUAAUGGGAUAAAUGAAGCACGUCUGGUAGCAUUUGUUGACCUCAUUGAAAACUAUAUCCAUCAAAAGACGGGAAGGAUUAUGCCCCUUUGUUAUCAGCGAAUAUGGUCGCGGGGGAGUGAUGGGAAUCAGUUCGACCGCUCCCUCUGGGAUAGUUGAGUUUGCAACAAUAUACCAGUCUAAUGCCCACAGAUUCACCCAACUAGGUCUCAGAGAAUACAUUGAUAGGACGGUGGUAUUUUUGUUAUCCAAUGAAAAAUAUCCAGGACAUGAUAGUCUCAACUGGUCUCUAUUCACCCUCCAAGGAAACGCAACGCCUAUUGCCGAUGUCUUCAAAUUAUGGUACAAUUUCACAUCAGAGUAUUCCUUCAUCAGAACCACCAGCCAAGUAGACGUUCAGGAACGAACUGUGUCACCAUUGGUAAUGUCAAGUUCCUCGCGUAAUGAAACCGUUAUUCUCUUACUCAGCUAUUCUCAGCAGCCUCAGACCAUCAGGUUAGUUUUCCAAAACAAAUGGAUCAAACCGACUAUGGGAGAAGCGACUUGCAUCACCAUCAAGGACAACUGGAAUCCAGUCAUGAACUUCAACGAACCCAUAGACAUCGGUAAAAGUGGUGGAGUUAUUGUCUUACCGCCUGAAGCAACCUGUCGCUAUACAUUCAAGACCCCAGCGGACCAGUUUCCUAAAGUCACACUCAAUGAAACUACGUACUACGGGAGUGAUAUCAUUAUACCCCUUAAGGACGGCACCGCUGAGACAACCAUACCCAUCCCUAAUGAUGAAUUCGACAGCGCGAGAUUACGAGUUUCAGUCAGUCUUCCCAUGAAUGAAACAAACAGUCUGGCAUCUGUUACGUUCAACAACCAACAUCUUGAUGUCUUUUACAAGCUGUUUGACUCCGACAAAACUAGCAGUAAAAUCUUCAACUACAUGGAUGUUUGGGAGUUUGAUGUUCCGUCAACCUUGUUGAAAUCCACUUCUAACGUGGUCCGGGUUAACUUCUCUAACAAGGAGUCGAAAGGUCGUGUAACUUCGGCCACCCUUGUCACAGGCAAGCUUGUCCCUUCUGACAUUCUGUGAUAACAUUCUGACCAAUAAUUUGGCGGCGACCUUGACACAGCCAAGUUUGUCCCUUCCAACAUUCACGAGUACAUACUGACUAAUUAUUUGGCUGAAACAUUAUUAAACAUGAUGAACGGUUU